AUCCCGCGUCGCUGCCCCGGCGCCGGAGGAGGCGGCUGGUCCUCGCUGGGCGCUGCCGGGCGCCGGGUGUGCGGAGCGCGGCGCGGCGGCAGCUCCGGGGCUGGCUAUGGCGAGGGGUGCCCGGAGACCACCGGAGUGGCGCAGCGGUGUCAGAUUCUUAGUCAAGCACCACCUCCAUGGAUCCAGGACAGGUUUGUCCCAUGGCCUGCUCUGAACAGUGUGUUUUCUGAUAGAAGAUUCCAUUGGCAAACCAUCUAUUGCCUUACCGAACAAGCUAAGAAGAUGGAUCUGUUGAAGAACCAUCUGACUGUGUGCUUUCUACCUUCUGUGCCCUUUCUAAUCCUAGUGUCCACUCUAGCAACUGCUAAGAGUGUCAGUAACAGCACUUUAAAUGGCACUGACGUGGUCUUGGGCUCUGUGCCCGUAAUCAUUGCCAGAACUGACCAUAUCAUAGUCAAGGAAGGGAACAGUGCCUUGAUUAAUUGUAGUGUUUAUGGCAUCCCUGACCCGCAGUUUAAGUGGUAUAAUUCCAUUGGCAAGCUGCUGAAAGAAGACAGCGAGAAGGAAAAAGGAGGAGGAGGAAAAUGGCAAAUGAUCGAUGGUGGUCUCCUGAACAUCACCAAGGUGUCUUUCUCUGACCGAGGUAAAUACACGUGCGUGGCUUCUAAUGUCUAUGGUACUGUGAACAACACAGUAACGCUGAGAGUCAUUUUCACCUCGGGAGACAUGGGUGUCUACUACAUGGUCGUCUGCCUCGUGGCCUUCACCAUCGUCAUGAUCCUCAACAUCACCCGCCUGUGUAUGAUGAGCAGCCACCUGAAGAAGACCGAGAAAGCCAUCAACGAGUUCUUUCGGACAGAAGGUGCAGAGAAGCUGCAAAAGGCCUUUGAGAUCGCCAAACGCAUCCCCAUCAUCACCUCAGCCAAAACGCUAGAGCUUGCCAAAGUGACCCAGUUCAAGACCAUGGAAUUUGCCCGUUACAUUGAAGAGCUUGCCAGGAGUGUACCUCUUCCCCCUCUCAUUAUGAACUGCAGGACCAUCAUGGAGGAGAUCAUGGAAGUGGUUGGGCUGGAGGAGCAGGGGCAGAAUUUUGUGAGACACACCCCAGAAGGCCAGGAGGCCACAGACAGGGAUGAGGUGUACACCAUCCCCAACUCUCUGAAGCGAAGCGACUCUCCCACGGCCGACUCAGAUGCCUCAUCACUGCACGAACAGCCCCAGCAGAUUGCCAUCAAGGUGUCUGUGCAUCCCCAGGCCAAAAAAGAUCACGUGGAGGAUGACCAAGAGGGGGUACAGUUAGAGGGCAAAGAUGAAGAGGAGACGGAAGCAUCGGCCGAACGUUCACCAGAAACUGGAGAGCCUUCCACAGACAUCACAUCCACUGAGCUCACGUCUGAAGAGCCCACGCCAGUGGAGGUAUUGGAUCGAGGACUGCCCCCAGCUCAGAUGGAGACAACAGAGCCAGCAGUGACAGAUGACAAAAACACCUGCAUUAUUUAUGAAAGCCAUGUCUAAUACCAACUCCGAAAAGCUAUGCAUAUCCAGAAAAUCAGGAGCUCUCCUUGUCAUACAGAUUAGUACGCACUUGCCGCUAAGCCUUACCAGGAGACUCUCAUCCCUUAGGUAGGAGUGAUGCCAUUUUCCAAGGGGAAAACACCUGCGUGCAGCUUACAUGACUGGAAUCUCCCCGGUAGAAAAGGAUGCGAGAAACAUCAGGGUGCAGAACUGAUAAUAUCGGACAGAAAGGCUCUGUCCGUGUGAUUUGAAUUUUAGAGGCCAUUCUCUGCCAAAUCCCUUAAUUGGUGAUGCCCUUUAGGCACAAAGUCCACUUACUGUAAGAGAUCCUGAGUUCAAGAGCCCUGUCCAAUGCACACCGCAUUGCUUUUCCUUUUAAAAAUUAUAGGUCUGUUACCAUAGCAAA